AUGCCGCACAAACGCGCCAAACGCUCCGUCCGGGUCCAGAAGCGCAAAGAAUCUGGUAGCGACCUCGCCCCGGGUGCGAAGCGGGCCCUUGAGAACGAGGAGGUGCCGAAGGGCGCGGCGCGGGUUCUCAACGCCGCGCAGGUGCAGCAGGCUUUCCGGAAGCGCAAGCGGGACGCCGAGGAGGAGUCCAGUGGGUCCGCGCAGAAGCGGUCGAAGAAGGGCACGGACCCGGAGAAAAAGGGCGCGGGGAAGCUGAAGAUCAUGCCUGGGGAGUCCAUGGUGCAUUUCAGCCGGCGCGUGGAGGACUCGAUGCGCGGGUCGGUGCGUGAUGCCAUACAGGCGUCCGCGGCGCGUGUGCGCCAGGUGAAGAAGGAAGAAGUUGCGGCGGCGAAGGGUGCCAAAGACCAGGCUGCGACGUCCAAAGCGAAAGGCAAAGCUCCGGCUCGAGAGGCAGAGCCGGACUCGGACUCUGAAGAUGACGCACCGAGAGGCCCCUCCCGCGGGAAGGCGAAGGAAACCCCGAAGGAAUUCGAGCGGCUUUCGACAUCUGCACCGAAACGGCUGAAUGACAUCGUGCUAGCCCCACCACAGCUGAAGAAGCUGCCGCGCAAGGCAAAGAAGCUCGUGGCGGAGAAAGCCAAACAAACUUCGGGCGAUGGAGCAAGGUCGUUGAAGGAAGGGGUGCUGUCGAUGGCGCAGAAGGCGAUGAUGGAGGAGGAGCGGGAGCGUGCGAUCAGGUUGUACCGAGAGAUGAAGAAGUCAAAGGGGUCGGUGUAG